AUGACAAGAAGAGGGCGGGCAAUAGCUGACCUCAUGAAAACAAGACGAGUAGAUAUUCUCUGCGAAGGCAGAAAUGGUGUUGGAAUAAUUCUGUCAAGUGAAAUGAAGAAUGAAAUCUUUGAAGUAAAUAGAAGAAAUGAUAGGAAUAUCUGGGUCAGGCUGAUGGUUGAAAAUUGCACUGUUAACAUCUUUAGUGCAUAUGCACCCCAGAUAGGAUGCUCAGAUGAAGAGAAAGAUCGCUUUUGGUCAGACUUAGAGGAGGAAAUUGAAAAGGUACCAGCAGAUGAAAAAUGCCUUGUCAGCGGAGAUCUGAAUGGGCAUUUAGGCCAGAAUAACCAUGUGAUCAGCCAUACUCAUGGUAGCUAUGGCUAUGAUUAA